GCAGAAGCAACUACAGCAAAAAAUCAAAAUUCCAAAAUGUUGUCAUGGCUUCAACAAGAGCGCUUGACAUUCGGUGGAUACGCAGAUAUAGAUGUUUUUGUGUAGCUGGUUGUGUUAUUUUAAUAAUUCAAGUCUUCCUUGCCUACGUAUUCCUGAACAUCAACUCGGAAAAUGAGAAGAAUUCACAGGAACUUCUCUCAGGAAGGGGCCAACUUAAUUUCGAGGUAGUUGAUGAUAGAGUCAGUGUGGAAUCGUCACGUCGUUUUCGCGACAGAGAUAAUUAUGUUUUGCUUGACGAUGAGGAGGGGGGUGAGGAGAGCAACGCUGUUUUCCACCGUAUCAAGAUGCCACCUGAUAAAGCAUCACUUGGAGAAAAGCAUCCCACCAAGGCCAAACCGGUGAACCGGAGCCUGACAGUGGUGCCAACUUUGCGGCUGGAGGAGCUGGACUUUGUGCCUUGGUGCGAGGUGCGAGGCAAGGAACCGGUUUCGGCCAUCCACCGCGCCAAGACGCAACACUGCAAGCAGCUGCUCGUCAACGUCACGUGUCGCAGCCAGGCUGACAUGCUCUAUCCCAGUCGGCUGCCUCACUCCUGUCCCAGUCAAGGACUCGAGCAAGGAAAGUCGUUAGGCUGCUUCCAGGAUGAGAAGAGACUGAGACUGCUGUCCGGCUAUUAUGCAAAUCUGAGUCGCAGCAAUUCGCCCCAGCAAUGCAUUGACCUCUGCCUCCAAUCGGGCUUCCCCUAUGCCGGUGUCCAAUUCGUUAGCGAGUGUUUCUGCGGCGUGGAUGAGCCUCCGUCGACGGCCCGUCUGCCCGACUCCUCAUGCAACAUGAAGUGUCCGGCAGACCCCAAGGAGGCAUGCGGUGGCUACUACACCAUCAACGUCUACCAGACCGGCAUUGCUAAACUGGUGCCUCAACCGCCGGCCGACGCACGUCCAUUGAGCGAUGUGCAGAAGGGAGUGCGCAUCGUCUACUUGUUGACCUUGAACGGACGAGCCGUUCGCCAGGUGCGUCGCCUUAUAAGGGCGCUCUACCAUCCCCACCACUACUUCUACAUACAUGUCGAUGCCCGGCAAGACUACAUGUUUCGAGAGCUGCUGGAACUGGAACAGCUAAGCAAUGUGAAGCUGGCCAGGGAGAGACAUGCGACCAUAUGGGGAGGGGCAUCACUGCUCACCAUGCUGCUCGAGUCAAUGCGCAUGCUUGUCAGUGACUCCUAUGCGCAUUGGCAUUGGGACUUCCUCAUCAAUCUCAGCGAGUCUGACUUUCCGAUCAAAAGCAACAAGCAACUGGUGGAGUUUUUGUCGGCCAAUAGAGAGCGCAACUUUGUGAAGUCGCAUGGCAGAGAGGUGCAGAGGUUUGUGCAAAAGCAGGGCCUGGACAAGACGUUUGUCGAGUGCGAAGCGCAUAUGUGGCGGUGUGGACAGCGAAGGUUGCCGUGGGGCGUGGCUCUGGAUGGUGGCAGUGACUGGGUGGCUCUAUCGCGGCCAUUUGUCCUCUUUCUAGCCGACUGGCCCAGGGAUCCACUGUUGGCCGGCCUUGUCCAGGUCUUUAAGUACACACUGCUGCCGGCAGAGUCGUUCUUCCACACGGCACUACGCAAUAGUGCACUGUGUGCCAGCUACACGGACAAUAACUUGCACGUGACCAACUGGAAGCGUCGGCUGGGCUGCAAGUGCCAGUACAAGCACGUGGUUGACUGGUGUGGCUGCAGCCCAAACAACUUCAAGAUGGACGACUGGCCGCGCAUACAGGCAACGGAAGGUAGGCCGCUGUUUUUUGCACGCAAAUUCGAGCCAAUCAUCAGUCAGGCAGCUAUUUUGCAGUUGGAAGAAUGGCUCUACGGUCCCUAUCCUCGCAAUGUGUCAAACGUGGCCAGCUACUGGCAGAGUGUGUGGCACAGCGCCGACAUCAGUCCACCGUUCGACGACACAGUUGGCACAUUGGCACACAGCCUGGCCCGGCUGGCCACUCGCACCAUGGCACAGUUGGAUGGCACAUGUGCCUAUUCGCCCACCCGGCUGCUAGAGGUCACCAACUAUAUGGAUAAUGACUACUACAAGGGUUCUCUGAUACGCUACGAGGUUGAGUGGGGUGGCGGCAAGGGGGGUAGUAAGGGGGGUAAAGGGGACAAUGUGACCCUGCAAUUGGAGACCUGGUUGCGACCUGACGAGCACUUUGCCCUACUCUCCAAAGUGGGCCCUGCCUUCAGGAUUAAGUUGAUGCUGGUAAGCAGUGAUCUGGACCAGAAGGAACAGACUCACCGCAAUCUGCUGCGUGCGCUGUCAGUGUUCAGUGAGGUAAGCCUGGCCCUGCAUGUGGGAGGGGGCGGAUCCUCGUUCAAUGCCACCCUGCAGUGGACGGACCCCGCGGGUGUCCUCGCCGACCAGUCCACUGUCUAUGUCGAGGAUGAUGCGCCGUCGUUGCAAUUUGUGAAGCCGGUACUGAAGCUGCCGUUAUUGCCUGGCGUGUGGGUGGUACGCCUGGUGUGGAAUGCCACACUCAUCGCCCACACCGACUUCCUCAUAACUCCGCUCCAGUUCUCAAACGCAGCACCCCUCACACAGCAUCAGACAUCGUGAGUAUUUGGUGUAUUA